AAUCCAAAGAAGAAGUAAUAGAAGCAAAACGUGUAUCAGCUGAGUUGGCUGAUGUGAAAGCCUUAUUUUAUAGCAUACCAAUAGAUUAUUGGGAUGGAGAAUGAUAUUCUCGUAUCUCUCGAAGACUUAGGGUAUCAAGGCCCUCUGUUGGAGGAAGGAGCUCUGGAUUCUGCUGUGAGCAGGGGAGCAGCUUCACCAGAGUAUACUAAGCUCUGUGCCUGGAUCGUCUCAGAGCUUAAACUCUACUGCAAGCUGGAGGAAAAUGUCCAUGCCACAAACUGUCCGAGCGAAGCAGAGAGUUUCCAGCUGGAGAUGAGCGGUUUGCUGUCAGAGCUCGCCUGUCCAUACUCUGUCCUCAUCAGCGGAGACAUCACCCAGAGGCUUCUCAACAGGACCGACUGUCUGCUUCUCCUUACCUUUCUGGUGUCUGAGUUAGAGGCAUCGAGGAUGAUCCUGGUUAAUAAGCCUGAGAAGAAAGCUCAAGAGUCAGGAAGUCCCGCUUUCCAGGAGCUGAAGGGCAUCUGCAUGGCGCUGGGCAUGUCCAAGCCUCCAGCCAACAUCACCAUGUUCCAGUUCUUCACUGGAAUUGAGAAGAAGCUGAAAGAAGCCAUAAGUAGAGUCCCACCAAAUCAUGUAGGAGAGCCUUUGAUGAAGAAGGCCCUUGGACCUUUGCACUUGGAAAAAAUUGAAGCUAUAAACCAAGCACUUGUAAAUGAGUAUGAAGUGAGAAGAAAAAUGUUGCUGAAACGUCUCGAUGUGACAGUGCAGUCUUUUGGUUGGUCUGACAGAGCAAAGACACAUGCUGAAAAGUUGUCCAAAGUUUACCAGCCACUGCGUUCUUCCCUCGGCACCAAAAGUAAAAUCUCUGUUUCCCACCUUCUUGCUGCUCGACAAGACAUUUCCAAAAUCCUACGUACAAGCAGUGGCAAGAUAAGAGAGAAGACUGCUUGUGCCAUUAAUAAGGUCCUAAUGGGCCGAGUCCCAGACAGGGGAGGCAGACCCUGUGAGAUUGAACCUCCUCCUCCAGAGAUGCCCUCCUGGCAGAAGCGUCAGGAUGCUCCCCAAGGUGGAGGACACUAUAGUGGGAGUGGACACGGAGGGGGCAGGGGCUAUGAUCACUACUCCCAAAGUGGCCGUGGAGGAUAUGAGAGAGGAGGCGGAGGAGGACAUGGAGACAGGGGAGGCAGAGGAGGAGGUGGCAGAGGGGGGAAGGUGCAAGGAGGCUGGGGAGAUGGAGGUGGGAGAGUCGGUUACAAUCAGGGUCACUAUCAAGAUGCAGGAGGGCAUCAGGUAGGAGGAGGGAGAGGUGGUUACGGAGCAGGAGGGAACAACCAAGGAGGUUUCCAGGACCCUGGCUACCAUGGAGGAGGCGGUUACCAUGACAAUUACCACCAAGAUGGAGGCUGGCAUCAGGAAAGAGGUGGGGUUCGAGGAGGUCGGGGGGGCAGGGGAAGAGGAAGUCGAGGAGGACAAGGACAAGGAGGAGGCUGGGGAGGGAGAGGGGGUCAAAAUUUUAAUCAAGGAGGACAGUUUGAACAGUUCUUCCAACAUGGUGGGCAGCACUACAACCAAGCUGGCUUUAACCAAGGCAGACACUACACUAGUUGAAGAUACAGUGCGGGGCAUCGCAGCAGAGUCCAUUCAGAGCUUGACUGCUUAUCAUGCUGGAAUAGAUUUGAAAUGCCUUAUCAUCUGAUUUUGAAUUUUCAAGUUAACUACAACAUUAUAUGAGGAACUAGGACCUAUACACAUACGAAUGUAUAAGUAUGUACUGUAUAUACUCACUACAGGCUGUUUUGGAAUUAUUGCUUUACUACAGAAGGCAGUUGAGAUGCAGUCCUUUGCUUUUUCAUACUGGUGUGUUAAUGUUUCUCUGCCUCCUCAAUUCAAACCAGCAGCUCUGCUAUAAAUGGUUAGUCUAUUAGUUGGACUCUGCUGUUUUGACCUCAUCUUGAAACUUAGUUAGCCUUAUGUUGGAUUUUUUUUGAAAAACAUGAAAGGUUCCUAAGAUUUCAGUGUUAGUGUAUCUGUAUCUACACAUCAUUAUUACAUGAAGGGUUGAAUUUGUUAAGUUCAUUAAAUUUGAAAAUUACCAGAAAAAAAGGUAAAUUUUUCCAGUCUUCAUUUUGUUUCAAUAGAUUUGACUGGCAUCUCCUUACUUAUUUAAAAUAUAUAAUCUACUGCUCAUGGAAGAUUGUGUGCAUACAAAUAUGGAUGUUGGAAAGCUUGCAUGAAUGUGUGAAUGAGCAAUAAAACCUGAAAUGAAAGAACUUA